GUGCUGGAGCCGCCUGUCAUGUUGGUGGAGCUGCUCUUCCAGGCUGCCUGUGUGUCCCUGCUCCUCUCCAGCGGCCAGGCCAGGGGGUAUCCCGGGAGGAAGAAGCCGGGAAGCUUUGCCGUGGAGAGGCGCCGCGGGGGGCCCCACGUUUGCUUCCCGGGCUCCGGCAGCGGAUGUUGUCCCGGCUGGAUGCUGUCCCCGGGCAGCGGGAAGUGCACCCUGCCGCUCUGCUCCUUCGGCUGCGGCGGCGGCUCCUGCGUCGCUCCCAACCUCUGCCUGUGCCCGGAUGGGGAGCAGGGAAUCACCUGCCCAGAUCCGCCGGGAACGUGCGGGGAGUACGGCUGUGACCUGUCCUGUAACCACGGCGGCUGCCAGGAGGUCGCCCGCGUGUGUCCCGUCGGCUUCUCCAUGGCGGAGACUCCCAACGGCAUCCGCUGCACCGACAUCGACGAGUGCCGGAGUGGGGCCUGCGAGGGGCCGUGCGUGAACACGGAGGGCGGAUUCGUGUGCCAGUGCGGCUCCGGCCGGGAGCUCUCCACGGAUCGGCGCAGCUGCCGCGACAUGGACGAGUGCCAGGCCACGCCGUGCCAGCACCGCUGCGAGAACAGCGUCGGGAGCUACCGCUGCUCCUGCCGGCCCGGAUACCAACUCCACGGGAACCGGCAUUCCUGCCUGGAUGUGGAUGAAUGCCGGCGGCCGGGAACGCGCCGCUCCUGCCAGCACAGCUGCCACAACAUUCCCGGGAGCUUCCGCUGCUCCUGCCGCCCUGGAUACCGGCUCAGCACAGACAGGGUGUCCUGCGAAGGGUAUCCCAAAGCCAUCCUGGCCCCGUCACCCAUCCUGCAAUCCCUGCAGCACCCGCCCACCCUCGUCCUGCUCCCUCCCGGCUCCCACCUGCUCCCGAGGGGCUCCCCCUCUCCCCACAUCCCUGUGGCAGCUCCCGGGACCCAAUUCCCACCCUCUUCUCCGUCCCUGUCUCCCGGUACCUCCAUCCCACCGUCCCCUCGCUGUCGGCACCGCGGGGUUUCCCGGGAGCCCGGCGCUCGCUGGACAGAGCCAGGAUGCCGGAGCUGCACCUGCCAGGAGGGACGAGUCCUGUGUGACGCCGUGAGCUGCUCCAUUCCCUGCUCCCACCCGCUUCCCGCUCCGGCUGGGGGGUGCUGCCCCACCUGCACAGGGUGCCUCCACGAGGGGGUGGCCAGAGCAGAGGGCGAUGUCUUCUCCCCAUCCGAUGGGAAUUGCUCCGUCUGCAUCUGCUUGGCCGGGAACGUCUCCUGCCUUUCCCCGGAAUGCCCCGCAGGCUCCUGCCCCAGCCCCUGCCAUCCAGCCAAGUGCAGUUUCCGGGGCCGCACGUACGCGCACGGGGCCCGGUUCAGCCCGGACGGGGACGGAUGCACCACCUGUGUCUGCCAGGGCGGGGAGGUGGAAUGUUCCUUCGCUCCCUGUCCCAUCCUGGACUGCCCCCAGCACCAGCGGCUCCUGCGCCCCGGGCAGUGCUGCUCCUCCUGCCGGGACCCUCCGGCCCCCGCCGGUUGCUUCCUGGAGGACAACGGCGUGCAGUUUCCCGUGGGACAGCUCUGGUCUCCGGGCGAUCCCUGUGAGUUAUGCAUCUGCCAGGCAGACGGCUCCGUGAGCUGCCAGCGCACGGAAUGCCUGGAGACCUGUCCCUAUCCCAUCCGGAUCCCCGGGCAGUGCUGUCCCGACUGCUCCGCAGGCUGCACCUACAUGGGGCGGGUGUUCUCCAACAACGAGACCUUCCCGUCGGAGCUGGAUCCGUGUCUCAGCUGCAUCUGCCUGCUGGGAUCGGUGGCCUGCUCGCCUCUGGAAUGUGCCAUCGUGUGCUCCUACCCCUUCCACCCCGAGGGCCGCUGCUGCCCCGUCUGUGACGACUGCAACUACCGCGGCAGGAAGGUGGAGAACGGGCAGAGCUUCACCCCCGAGGGACAGCCCUGCACCCGCUGCGCCUGCCAGCUCGGGGAGGUGACCUGCGAGGAGCGGCCGUGCCCCCUCUCCUGCUCCGAGCCCCCCGUGAUUCCCGCUCCCUGCUGCCCACCCUGCCCAGCCACAGAUGUCCGGCUCCCGCUGCAGGGCAGUGACCUGUCCCCAUCCUCAUCCCCCUCCUCCUCCCACUCCCCAUCCUCAUUCCCAUCUUCCCUGUCCCCAUCCUCCCCUCAGUCCCCAAUCCCUAAGGAUUCACCCCCUGGUACCUCCCACCCCAAUCCCCCAAAAUCCCGCCCCCGCCUGGCCCAGCUCCUGCUUCCCAACACAUCCGCCGCCCCCAGCCCCUUUCCCGGGAUUUGGGAUGCCGGGGAUCCCCCUCCCACCACCCCGAGCCCCUCCGGACACCCCUCGGUGCCCCCCGACCCCCCCUCCGAGGCCGCAGCCCCCCCAGAUCCCACGGGCUGCUCCGGCCCCGAGGCUCAGGGAUCCCUCGGGAAUGCGGAUCCCGCUGCGGUGCCGCCGGACGGCGGGAAGAGCCCCAGGUGCCGAGUGCCGGGAGGAGGAGGAGGAUGAGGAAGAGGAGGGGGGUCUGCAGGAUC